AUUGCAAGUCGAUUAGUAAAUUCCUUAUUUUUUAAACGCACUCUUUCAUAAUUAUAUGGCAAAAGCAACUCAGCUCUUAAUUUUAGAGCCGCCUAGUGAUCUACUUUUUAAAGGUCCUUUUAAUGAAGUGGCUACUUCGUGUCUAAAAUUAACUAAUAUAUCAGAACAGCCAGUAUGUUUUAAGGUAAAAACUACAGCACCAAAAAUGUACUGUGUUCGACCUAAUAGUGGUAGAAUUGAUCCUAAAGCUGCUAUAGAUGUUGCAAUUAUGCUGCAACCAUUUGAUUACAAUACAUUUGAUAAAACAAAGCAUAAAUUUAUGGUACAGUCUAUAGUUGCCCCAUUACAGCCUAUGGAUAUGGAUAAAUUAUGGAAAGAGGCAGAUCCAAAUGAUAUUAUUAAUACAAAACUUAAAUGUAUCUUUGAAAUGCCAUCUGAUAUUAUAGAUAAUUCUGCAUUUGAUCAAUCACUAGUUAACAAAAGCAAUAUCACUUCUUCAUCAAAUACCAAUAUAUCUCAACCAAAAUCUAUUCAACAUGAUGAAGAUUUUAGUUCUCUCGAAAAUGCUUCCAGUACAUUAUACAAAAGACCUCAGAAACAAGAAUUAGUUGCAGGUUCCCAACAUGUCUCACUUACAGAUAGAUUUGAUGAUUUUAAAAAGGAUGAUAGAUAUCCCCGAGGUGCACACGAUUUAUCAUCUAGAAAUAAACCAAUCACUUCUCUACACACAAAAUCUCCUUCUCUCUUAUCAAAUGCUUGUGACAUAAUCACCAACGUUCCCGUAUUAGUUUGCAUAUUAGUGGCUCUCAUACUUGGCAUGAUUAUAGCCAAAAUAUUUUUUUGAUCAUAUUUUAGUAUAUUUGUAAUACAUGGUAAGGCUUAUGGAGUAUGUUAAAUUUAUCAGUUUCAUUAAUAUUAUUCAAUCAUUAUAGCAUUAAAUUAUAAUACAAUAUAGGUUUGUUGCCUAAUGACUAAAAAACCCUUAAUUAAUUUUCAUUGUAGAAAAGUUGUUUUUUUUUAAAAAAAUCUUCAUCUUUUUUACUAUUUAAGUGUUUUAACGUUUACCAAAUAUUAUGCUUUUUUUGUUGUAAUUUAAAUGUGUUAGGUAGGGAUAAAUUGUAAUAUAUACUUUUUAGAUAUUUCAAAACGUCUCCAUUCCUCAUCACUUAUUAUUAUGUGGAUAUACGACAUUAUUAAAAAGAACCAAAAAAUUUAUAGUUUUUUCUCUCUCGUUUGACAUUAUUUAAAUGUGUUCUAUAAAAUUGAUGUCGUUUUAUAAAAUAUUUGCCA